GCAAGAAUUGUAUUAUAGGCCUCAGACACUGGGGUUUGAUAUGGUAGAUAAAAAUAUGUAAAGUUUUGUUGAAAAUCCGCUGACCUAAGGGUUGGGUAUCGACCUGUGGUAGGUGAAUUUCUGUACAGAAAAUUUUGAUUGUCCAACAGUCACUGAUCACUUCUGGUCGUUAACACAGUCAAAACUGUCACCCCUUAAACUCUACUUAGUUGGAAGAGAGAAACUCCUUCAGUUUUUUUCUGUCACUUUUUUGAAAGGAGUGUGGGUGUAAGUUUGUUUUAGGAAGAGAUAUUUCAGGAAGUGACUUUUUGUAGCUGGAAUAAGCAUUAGGUCUUGGUGGCUUGGAAGAAAACCAAAUAUCUCUUAGCAUGUUUCGAAAAUGUGUGAGUCUUGAGAGCAUUAAAUUGUGUAAACAACGUUUUGGCGAGUCAGCAGAGCAUCGUAUUCAAGUGAGGACAACUUACAGAAAACCAGUUGACUCUGGAAUAUGGGACUGUCUGGAUAGCCAAACGUUAUCAAGAAUGUGCCCAAGAUGUAUGCAGUGUGAUACAAAAUUUGACUUCAUAACUAGAAAGCAUCACUGCCGAAGGUGUGGGAAGUGUUUCUGUGACAAGUGCUGCAGUAAAAAAGUGCCUCUGCCUCGCAUGUGCUUCGUGGACCCCGUGCGCCAGUGUGCGGAGUGCGCCCUGGUCUCGCAGAAGGAGACGGAGUUCUACGACAGACAGCUCAAAGUGCUCAUGAAUGGUGCUACAUUCUUUGUAACUCUGGGAGCAUCUGAUAAAUCUGAGCUCAUGGUUUGUCGACUUUCCAACAACCAGAGAUACCUGAUUUUGGAUGGAGACAGCCAUUAUGAAAUUGAAAUUAUACAGAUUUCAACUGUUCAGAUACUUACAGAGGGAUUUACUCCUGGAGAAAAAGAUACUCACACUUACACCAGCCUUCUGGAGAGCCAGCCUGUUACUGAAGGAGGCAACACUCGUGCCAUAGGAAUGAUCCUGCAGUACAAGGUACCAGGGUCGGAGGAGGUGACACAGAUGAAGUUUACUGCUGGUGAAGACUUCAGCUGUAACAAGAAGCUGUCAGCAGCCUGGCUUGCAGCUAUGCAUAAGGCAACAAAACUUCUCUACGAGUCUCGGGACCAGUGAGAACUGCAGAUGUGGCCUCCUGAGGGCACACACAGACACCAGCCUCCACAGACCUGCCUCUCACUUUGUGCUGAUUUGAUAGCUGGAAAUAUUUGCUGUUCUUGUCUCUCUCAUUCCAGUGUGGUUCAUUAUGUAAGAACUGGCAAAUGCAAUGUGAGUAUUUUUUUGAACCAUGAGUAUUCACGGUAGUGUGCAAUAUGUAUACAGUUAAUGCUUUAAACAGCCUCACCUUCUAAGACUUUGUAUAUUUUGUUAAGCCUUUACUGGCACUUAAUAUGAAAGUGACCUGCACUACAGCUAAUGUACAGCACAACUUUUUUAGUAACCAUUAUAUAUACUGUUUGCUACAGGAAGCAAACAAAUGUGUAUAUCUCUUCUGCAGAGAAUAGCUUUUGGGUAUAGAUCUCAGGUUUUUCCCUCUAUCCAAAUGUUUAAAAUCAAUGUACAAAAAAAUCUGCCUUAGAUAUGAUUUUAUAGAAAUCACAUGAGUUUUUUUAAACAUUUAAUUUUAAACAUCUAAAUAUUUCACCAAAUACCACCGAAUUGACUUACAUGAACUUGACCUUGAAACUUCACUUCUGUAAUAAGCUUCCAGAAUAAUUUUUAGUUUUGUAUUUUCUUUUUUGGUAACUAGCUUUUGUUAAUCUGUUAUGCUACCUGAAAUUGUAUACAAUUUAAUGUACAAAUAUGAAUAAAUUAAUUCACUUAUUUAAAAAAAGAG